UUCAUUUCUCACCAAGUAACCAUGUCGGGACGUGGCAAGGGCGGAAAGGGCUUGGGCAAGGGAGGAGCUAAGCGCCAUCGCAAGGUGCUUCGCGACAACAUUCAGGGUAUCACGAAGCCUGCUAUCCGUCGUCUGGCACGUCGUGGCGGUGUGAAGCGUAUCAGCGGCCUCAUCUACGAGGAGACCCGCACCGUGCUGAAGAACUUCCUUGAGAAUGUCAUCCGUGACUCGGUCACGUACACUGAGCACGCUCGCCGCAAGACUGUGACUGCCAUGGACGUCGUGUAUGCUCUGAAGCGCCAGGGCCGCACCCUCUACGGCUUCGGUGGUUAAGCUGGAGGUGGCGUCGAUGGGUUCUGCAAGCCCACCAUAAAACCCGGUGUUUUUAAACACCACCAACGUUCAUUCAAUUUCGUUUCACUUCCGCUGCUCCUGCUUUUUUUUAUUUUCCGCCAUUGCUUCUGCGAAGUGAAGUGCUAGCGAGUCAUGUCCGAUUCCGUACAGGCAGGGAAUGUCGAACAGGAAAGGGACACCCUACCUGUUCA